AUGGCGCUUAAUUCACCGACUCGCUGCGCGGCUCCACUGACCCGCUCUGCCCCUCCUCAUUCGACUCUCGCUUUCUUCAAUCGGACCUUGCUCAGACCGGCAUUUUCAACCGAAUCCCGGACCGCCAGGCUCGUCUCCGUUCGUUGCCAGACUCUCACUCCGGACGGCUUCCCGUCUAAGCGGCCUGUGGGUUUGGACGAGUCGGAAGCUUCGAUCGGGUCGUCGGGCUCUUCAUCCACGUCCUCCGCUAUUGAUUUUCUCACAUUGUGCCACAGUCUCAAGACCACAAAAAGAAAGGGCUGGAUCAAUCAUGGAAUAAAGGGUCCUGAGUCCAUUGCUGACCAUAUGUACCGCAUGGCUUUGAUGUCUUUGAUUGCUGGUGACGUUCCUGGUUUGAACAGAGAAAGGUGUAUCAAGAUAGCAAUUGUCCAUGACAUUGCAGAAGCUAUUGUUGGAGAUAUAACACCAUCUGAUGGCAUACCCAAAGCAGAAAAGAGCAGAAGGGAGCAAGCAGCUCUGAAUGAAAUGUGCAUAGUUCUUGGUGGAGGGAUGAGGGCUGAAGAGAUCAAAGAACUUUGGGCAGAGUAUGAAAAUAAUUCGUCCUUAGAGGCUAAUCUUGUGAAAGAUUUUGAUAAAGUUGAAAUGAUUCUGCAAGCAUUGGAAUAUGAAAUAGAACACGGAAAGGUGCUGGAUGAGUUUUUCAUUUCUACCGCAGGGAAAUUUCAAACUGAACUAGGAAAGAGUUGGGCAGCUGAGAUCAUUUCUAGAAGAAAUUCACGGGUUGACAAGAGUCAUAACUGA